AAGAAACGCUACAGGAAAUGUGACCCAGAGGAUAAAAGAGAGAAAGAAGAGAAAGAAUAAAAAGAGCUAUGUGAAGGAAAAACAAGAGGAGAGAAGUUCCAGGUGAUAACUUCAUCUGACCAAUCAGGGAGCAGCAGAAAGAAGAUGUCUGAUGACAAGAAGAAAGAAGAGGAAGAGCCAUGUCCGCCCCUCCCUCCCCCGCCCUCCUCCUCCGCCAUGGAGACGAUGAUGUCACUGGGGAGGCGGGACCUCGUGUGCAUCGUGUGUUUCGGUAGUUAUGACCUGGCGACGCGGUUGCCUCGACGACUGCACUGUGGCCACGCCUUCUGCCAGGCGUGUCUGAAGAGACUCGACACGGUCAUCAACGAGCAGGUGUGGAUCCCGUGUCCUCAGUGUCGACAGAACACGCCGCGGCCCCGGGGGGGGGCAUCGGGUCUGGACCUGGAUCUGGCCUCAUUCCUGGGCAUCAAGGCCCAGCAGACCUGUACCUCCUCCUGCUCCUCGUCAUCCUGGAGCUCUGGCCUCAGGGAGGGGGGGCUGGCUGGAGCAGCGACCCGGGAUGGGAAGCUGUGGCUGGGGAAGGAGCCCCCCCCCGAUGACGGCUGGUCACAUGGAGGUCUGGCAGAACCGCGGUUCCAUCGCUAUGGCAACUGUUGCCCACCCCUGUCCUAUUGGCAGUGCUGUUGGUUCUGCUGCCAGGGGCGGGGCUAACAGAGGGGUAGGGCGAAGACUGACCAAUGAAAAUGCUGCUUUAA